UAAUUUUCGUGUGUUUGCGUAGGAGAGUACUAUUGUUGACCGCGGGAGGUCCAGGGAACGUGUUGUUUCGACGGGAUUGGACCAGAGUGAGGUCGAGGUUCAGCUGCUACAAGGUGCUCAGAUCGGUGCAGCAUAGUUUACAACCGGCCUGCCAAUUGCUUAUAAGAAUUCUGCUUUGUCGGGUCGUCGCCAUACAACUUUUCUAUGUGAUAACAAAAAUGAACCAGCAAUAUGAAAAUGAAUAUGAAUACGAGUAUCAAAACGAAUACGAAUAUGAACUAGAAAAUGAAUACGAAUAAAAAGAAUACGAAUAUGAACACGAUUGUGGUUAUGAAUGCGAAUGUGAAUAAGAAUUUGAAAAUGAAUAUGAAUAUGAAUAUGAAGGCGAAUGUGAUUACGAGUGUGAAUACGAAUAUGCACACGAAUGUGAUUACGAAUGCGAAUACGAAUAGGUAUACGUAUAUGAACACGAAUGUGAUUAGGAAUGUGAAUACGAACAUGAACACGAAUAGGAAUUCGAAUACGAAUAUGAAUUCGAAUAUGAAUACGAAUAAAAAUACGAGUACGAAUACGAAUAUGAAUUCGUAUAAAAAUACGAUUACGAAUACGAACGCCUAUACGGAUGCGUAUACGAAUGCGAAGCUAUACCAAAAAAUGAUCCGAUUUUUGGAAUAUGACUAUGAAAUACCAAAUUUUUGCAUUAAAAUUAAUUCCGAUUUGCUCAUCUGCCACACAGAUAAAACCAAUUUAACUGUAAUUGAUGGUACAAUACCGUUGCCAGCUAAAAUGCAUAGUUAA